ACGAAGCCGGCAGUCUGCAGUUGCUCGGCCGACAGCUGUGGAUGCCAGAGUCGUCAUGGUAGAUUUCUGCCACCUCGUGUUCCCGAGGGCUGGCUUCGGCUCGGACUUGCAGCUUAUCUGACAGCAGUAUCCACUGGAGCUGCACUUGCCCUCCAACAGCAGCAGCAGCAGCAGCCGACAAGGGCAUCGAAUCUAGCUCAAAUCCCGGUCACAGUUGGCAGCAACUGCCGCCUCGAUCACCAAGAGACGUACUGUCAUUGCUGUAGACAUCCAAGCGAACUACAAAAUGCUUCUUCAGACCCCUUUACAGGUUGCAGAUGUACUCGGCAACCCUUUUCUUCCGAAUGGCCGCCUGUCAUAUCGGCGGCCUUAGAAACGCCUGGUCCUCUUUAUUUUGCUUCCCCAGAGUGCCAAUGCCCAACAGUUUUUGACGCUUUAAGGUCUCAGACACUCCCUUUCACCAAAAUCCAGCCACAGCCCAUCACUCCACCUGGGAGAUCAGCCUCUUCCGUAUGCUUUCCUCCCAUGUCCGCCUAUCCCAAUUCUGCAUUCACCUGGGCCUCUCUUUCUUCGCUCGCGAGCACUCUGCCUCCAGACAUGGCCCCAACUCUCUGUUGCCCGGGCGCCGGACAUCUGGCCAGCUAUUUUUGCCCAGAUCCCACUAACGGCAUGUUCUCAGUCCCCGCGACCGGUUCUUUUGACGCGGUUUUAUAG